AUGAUGUCCAAAGAACGUUCCUCGGAGUACUAUUCUCACAGCUCAUCCUCCGGGGGUUUUUCCUUUUCAAAGGUGAGGCUACUACUACAUCUAGGCUUGAUCGGUAAAGAGACACUUGGCGAAAGGACACCGUCGUACCGGUACAGGUGA